UGAAAGCAUCUAUCCCAACUGAAAAGUUAUAUCUUCGAAAUAAAUUAUUCUUUUUCAGUAACGAAAAUAAAAUAAAUAUUUGAAAAAAGAAUUUUAUUUUAACUUAAUUAUUUUUAGUUUGAAGAAAAAGGCGCCUACAACUAUUGGAAUUCGAUUGUGAUAGGAAAGAAUUUAAUAUUCAUAAUUUGGAGUCAAUUAUUUUGUAAAUGCAAUGGAAAUCAACACUUUUGGGACACAUUUCGUCAUCUAAAUCAAGUGAGUCAAUUGAAUUGACUAGAAUCUUGAAAAAAUGCUGGGACGUAAGCAAAGCUUAAAGGGAGGUGAACUCAUUCUGGCCGAUUAUGGACCCGAAGAGAGCCUCAAUGAGAAUGCAGAUAUCGAAUGGGUGAACAAACCAUGGGUGAGAAAGAUUAUGCGAACUUGUGCUUUAUUAUCACUUGCAUCAAUUUCACUCAACACACCGAAGACAUUUGAAAAGAUACCAGUCCUUCAAUAUGUCACAUUCAUUGUUGACACAUCCAUUACACUCUUAUUUACUGCCGAAAUGAUUGCAAAAAUGCAUAUACGUGGCAUUUGGAAGAAAACACUACACAGUGAAGUUCCAUAUUUCCGUGAUCAUUGGUGUCAAUUUGAUGCAAGCAUGGUGAUAUUCCUAUGGACAUCAGUGACAUUGCAGAUAUUUCAAUUAAUGGAGAUUGCAUCGAAAUUUUCAUAUCUGACAAUACUUCGUGCACCGCGGCCAUUGAUUAUGAUUCGAUUUUUGCGAAUAUUUCUCAAAUUUAACAUGCCAAAAGCUCGGAUAAAUCAAGUGUUCAAGCGUUCGAGUCAACAAAUAUACAACGUAACGUUGUUUUUCUUAUUUUUUAUGUCAUUGUAUGGAUUAUUGGGUGUUCAAUUUUUCGGUGAAUUGAAAAAUCAUUGCGUUAUGAACACAACGACAUUGGAGCAAUUAACGAUGAAUUCACUUUCCAUUCCGGAUACAUUUUGUUCGACGGAUGCCGAUAGUGGGUAUCAAUGUCCACCUGGCAUGAAAUGCAUGAAACUAGACUUCCUGAGCAGUUACGUCAUGGGUUUCAAUGGCUUUGAGGACAUUUAUACGAGCAUUUUCACGGUAUAUCAAGCGUCCAGCCAAGAAGGAUGGGUUUUUAUAAUGUACCGCGCAAUUGAUUCAUUACCUGCUUGGCGUGCUGUCUUCUUCUUUAGCACGAUGAUCUUUUUCCUUGCUUGGCUUGUGAAAAAUGUUUUCAUUGCUGUUAUCACUGAAACGUUUAAUGAGAUUCGUGUCCAAUUACAACAUGUGUUUAUGAAACGAGGUCAACUUCAGAACAGCUCAACAAUUUUGUUAUGCGGUGAUGAUUCCGGAUGGAAGCUAAUCACAGUCGAUGACAAUAAGCACGGUGGUCUAGCGCCCGAGGCAUGCCAUGCAAUUCUACGAUCUCCAUAUUUUCGAAUGAUUGUCAUGACCAUCAUAUUGGCGAAUGGUAUUGUGACAGCAACGAUGACAUUUAAACAUGACGGUCGUCCGAGGGAUGUGUUCUACGAGCACUAUUAUUAUAUUGAGCUCAUGUUUACAUUUAUUCUGGACUUGGAGACAUUAUUUAAGAUUUAUUGUUUGGGUUGGCGUGGCUAUUACAAACAUUCAAUACAUAAAUUCGAGUUACUUUUGGCCAUUGGUACAACACUGCAUAUUAUUCCCGGCCUUUAUUUGUCGCCAUUAACAUAUUUUCAAGUGCUGCGAGUCGUACGUUUGAUCAAAGCAUCACCAAUGCUUGAAGGAUUUGUUUACAAAAUUUUCGGACCUGGCAAAAAACUUGGAUCUCUCAUUAUAUUCACCAUGUGCUUGUUAAUUAUUAGUUCAUCAAUAUCAAUGCAACUCUUUUGCUUUUUGUGCGAUUUCACAAAGUUUCAAAGUUUUCCCGAGGCAUUUAUGUCUAUGUUUCAAAUCCUAACACAAGAAGCCUGGGUCGAAGUUAUGGAUGAAGUGAUGAUCAGAACGUCAAAAACGCUUACACCAUUCGUUGCGGUCUAUUUUAUUUUGUACCAUUUGUUCGUGACCUUGAUAGUGUUGUCACUGUUCGUUGCUGUCAUUUUGGACAAUUUAGAAUUGGAUGAGGAUAUAAAGAAGUUGAAACAACUUAAAUUUAGAGAGCAGUCGGCCGAAAUCAAAGAAACAUUACCGUUUCGAUUGAGAAUUUUCGAAAAAUUUCCCGACUCCCCACAAAUGACCAUCUUACACAAAAUUCCAAACGAUUUCUCGUUGCCAAAGGUUCGCGAAUCGUUUAUGAAGAACUUUGUGGUAAUGGGCUCAAAUGUUGAUGAUCCAUCAAUGGAUAUGGGCAUGGACAUGCAUAUUUCUGAAUGUUGGGAAACAAAUGUUGUUUUUCGAAAACAGAAACCGGUUCGCACAAUGAAUAAAAUGCCAAAAGUGCGCACUGUCGGCACUUCACUGAGAAAAUUGGCCAUCACGCAUAUAAUCAACGAUUCGAAUAAUCAACGGUUAAUGUUGGGAGAUUCGGCAAUGUUGCCGAUUGUUGGAGGUGUUAAGACUGGAGCCGGAAAAGGGAAUGCAAAUAAUGCCGGAGGUGGUGGUGGUCUCAAACAUCAAGGAACUUUGACUCAUGCAAAACAAUGGAGAGUGGAUCAGAAAAAAUUUGGAACUCGAUCGAUCCGACGAAGUGUUCGUAGUGGUUCAAUUAAAUUAAAACAGACAUACGAACAUCUAAUGGAAAAUGGUGAUAUCGGUGCGGCUACCCGUGUUACAACGUCAUCUCGAGCCAGACCACAAGAUUUGGAUAUCAAAUUACUUCAAGCAAAACGUCAACAGGCUGAAAUGAGACGGAACCAACGUGAAGAGGAUUUACGUGAAAAUCACCCAUUUUUCGAUACUCCAUUGCUUAUCGUGCCGCGUGAAAGUAAAUUUCGAAAAAUUUGCCAAAAAAUCGUUCAUGGACGUUAUGAUGCACGACUAAAAGAUCCACUCACUGGAAAAGAAAGAAAGGUUGAAUACAAAAGCCUACAUAACUUUUUGGGCCUUGUCACAUAUUUAGACUGGGUUAUGAUAUUGGUAACAACGAUUUCAUGCAUUUCAAUGAUGUUUGAAACAUCACAUUUUCGGGUAAUGGAACAACCGAUUCUUCAAGUGGCCGAAUAUGCAUUCGUGAUUUUUAUGAGCCUCGAAUUAUCGCUAAAAAUUCUAGCCGAUGGGCUAUUUUUCACGCCCAAAGCCUACAUUAAAGACGUCGCUUCAGCACUUGAUGUUUUCAUUUAUAUCGUUUCUACAACAUUUUUAUGCUGGAUGCCCUUAAAAGUGCCGAGUAAUUCGGCUGCCCAACUAUUAAUGAUUUUAAGAUGCUUGCGACCUUUACGAAUAUUCACUUUGGUUCCACAUAUGCGAAAGGUCGUAUACGAACUAUGUCGGGGAUUCAAAGAAAUUUUAUUGGUAUCGACAUUGCUUAUUUUACUCAUGUUCAUAUUUGCCAGUUACGGUGUUCAACUGUACGGUGGACGGCUUGCUCGUUGCAACGAUCCCACGAUAUUGAAUCGAUCGGAUUGUGUUGGUGUUUUCAUGCGACGUGUAUUCGUGUCGAAAAUGAAACUAAAACUUGGAACGAAUGAAUCAUAUCCAGCGAUGCUUGUACCAAGAGUAUGGGCGAAUCCGAAGAGAUUUAAUUUUGAUAAUAUUGGAGAUGCCAUGCUAGCACUUUUCGAGGUGUUAAGCUUCAAAGGAUGGUUGGAUAUUCGUGAUGUUUUAAUCGCCGGCGUGGGUCCGGUGCACGCAAUUUAUAUUCACGUGUAUAUUUUCCUCGGCUGUAUGAUUGGAUUAACGUUGUUUGUUGGUGUUGUUAUCGCAAAUUAUUCGGAGAACAAAGGUACUGCUUUGCUCACCGUCGAUCAGCGACGUUGGUGUGAUUUAAAAAAGCGUUUAAAAAUCGCUCAACCUCUUCAUCUACCGCCUCGUCCCGAUGGCCGCAAAUUUCGGGCAUUUGUCUAUGACAUAACUCAAAACAUUAUUUUCAAACGAUGUAUUGCCGUCUUUGUUGUCAUAAAUAGCUUGCUGCUAUCAAUAACGUGGAUAAAAGAUGAAAUAUACACCGAACGUCUUGUUACCAUCUCAAUGUUGCUCACUAUCGUUUUUGUGAUCGAGGUGGUCAUGAAAAAUAUUGCAUUCACACCACGAGGAUAUUGGCAAUCACGACGAAAUCGCUACGAUUUGCUUGUUACUGUUGCUGGCGUUGUUUGGAUUUUUUUACAAACAGUAUUUCGCAUUGACUUAUCAUACUUUUUUGGUGUUAUGGUGGUCAUUUUACGAUUUUUCACAAUCACCGGAAAGCAUACGACACUGAAAAUGUUAAUGUUAACGGUGGGUGUGUCGGUGUGCAAAUCGUUUUUCAUUAUCUUCGGAAUGUUCUUGCUCGUAUUUUUUUAUGCACUAGCUGGCACGAUACUGUUCGGAACAGUAAAAUAUGGCGAAGGCAUUGGUCGUCGUGCAAAUUUUGAAACGCCAAUUACAAGUGUUGCGAUGCUCUUUCGCAUUGUAACGGGUGAGGACUGGAACAAAAUAAUGCACGAUUGCAUGGUUCAGCCACCGUACUGCUCCGUCGCCGAUAAUUAUUGGGAAACGGACUGUGGAAAUUUCACCGCAAGUCUUAUCUAUUUCUGUACAUUCUACGUCAUCAUCACAUAUAUCGUACUAAAUCUGCUAGUGGCUAUUAUCAUGGAGAACUUUUCCCUGUUUUAUUCCAAUGAAGAAGAUGCUUUACUUUCAUAUGCCGACAUAAGAAAUUUUCAAAACACUUGGAACAUCGUUGAUAUACAUCAACGUGGUGUAAUCCCCGUCAGACGGGUUAAAUUUAUUUUGAGAUUGUUAAAAGGUAGAUUGGAAUGUGAUCCACAAAAGGAUCGACUUUUGUUCAAAUACAUGUGCUAUGAAUUGGACAAGCUACAUAACGGAGAGGACGUUACAUUCCACGAUGUCAUUAACAUGUUAUCCUAUCGUUCGGUGGACAUAAGAAAAGCGUUACAACUUGAGGAACUAUUAGCACGAGAAGAAUUCGAAUAUAUUAUUGAAGAAGAGGUUGCAAAGCAAACGAUCCGAACAUGGCUUGAGGGAUGCUUGAAAAAGAUUCGAACACAAAAUGCAAAUAAGCAACAAAAUUCAUUGAUAGCUGGCCUACGUGCUACGAAUGAGGCUUUAUUAAAACAAGAAAUCAUAAAUGCAGGAAUGCCAGCAAGUACACAAACAGACGUUACAUCUGGAACGUCAAACGGUUCUGCUGAGAAAAAAGAGACAUCACCAGAAUGUCCGGAUCCAUUGCAAGCAGAGCAUGCUCCAAAAGAAACAACUCCAUCCACGACAACAUCAUCGCAAACAUCAGCAGCUGCAACAGCAACUGAACAAAUGCGUUUACGUAAAAAAUCACAAAAUUUAAACCGCUCCGAUUCGACGGGAAGUUCGAGUGGUCGAAAGUUCUUUUUAGCUCCAACCUUAUCUGAUCCACAAGCUCUGCGCGGCGAUAAAUAUGGUCAAAAGAAGAAACCAAAUAAUUUAAUAGGCACAUGUAGUGGCACAAAUGUUGGUGGGAGCUCGGGUCUUUCAACGCCAACUGGAACUAGACCGCGAAGUCAAAUCUUACAGGCCGAUCAUUCUGUACGAGCCAAAAAUCAAGUCUUACGCCCCGAAACUACAACUGAAUCUGAAGAAUAUGAAGAUGUUGCGGGCACAUCAAUACCAUUAACGACAACGACUGCAAUCAGUAAACAUUCAUUACCACCGUUACCAACUGACACAACAAGUUCACUGUUUCAUGCUACAACAUCUCAAUCGAUGCACGGAUUUGAUUUACAAACGAGUUCCCCAUUUGAUCCAGCCGGCGGUCGGUCAAGCAAUCUGAAUAACAACAGCAGCAGCACUGGAUCGAAUGUAUUACCAUCAACAUCAAAAGUGGCCACCAAUUCAAUGGGUACAAAUGUAAAUGUUGCAUACGAAGUGCACGAUUGGUGGACGGAUCAAGUAAAUAUGCAAAGCAGUGAUGAGGACGAUGAUGAAUAAUAAAACGAAUUCAGUAAUAUUUGAAUAAUAAGAACAAAUGACGAAUAUAAUAGGUUUGCAAAAUAUUUAAAUUAUUAGUGCGAAACAAGAAUAACCGAUAGUAAAGACAUGUGUAGAAUAUAUUUCUAAUUAAUAUCCUAAGUUUUAAAUAGAAAAUGUGCACGAAGUUGAAUAUAUUAUAGUACAUGGAAAGCUGUUAAACAGUAUAUAUUUUAGUUGAA